AUGGAUCUGGCAUCCAUCGUCCCAGUUGCAGUCUUGCAUUGCGCUCCCUACGUCAAGCGUUGCCUCGCAGCGUGUACCACCCGCAUUCUCCAAGCUGCGGUAGCUGAGAAGCAGGCGGCGCGCAAUGUCCUCACAGCGAAAUCUCACCACAAUGAUGUUGCGACAGUUGACCAAUCGCCUCGUGACAGUACGUCUUGCCCGGCCAGAUCCAUAGCCACCACAGACGGCGUCGAUCCAUCAUUCACGCUCUUGGUGCAGAGCGACCUCUGCGAGUCCAUGAAGACAGCAGUCCGUAUCCAGAGGCUGUACUCCAAGGAGCAAAGGUAUGCCAAGGCGCAGCUAAAGGAGAUCAAGGCGUUCGAUUCCAAAUUGUGGCAAGAGAUCACCGUCCUCAAGAAAGCAAUCCGGAACGAGGAGAAUCCUGAACUUAAGGCUCAAUGGAAGUCGAGGCUGCUUGAACUCGAAAGCUUGCUGAAUGUCGCGCCUGCAAAGAAGAGCAACCUCGAAGCUGGACUCAAGUACAGAGGGGAGAUACUACUGAAGGCUUACGCAGAAAUCGGCGCAUUCUUGGACCAGGCACUUGUAGAGGCGACUCUCGCUGAUCUCGACAAUGACGAGGAGCUUCCGAUCGAAAAAUUGGAUAUUGAUGAGCAGUGUCUGCAGAGAAUCCAAGAUCAAGACUAUGCAGACCCAGAGUAUGCAGCGGAGCUCGCGGGGCCACGGAUACCUGACGAGUAUUACGGAGCUGUUGCGGAAGGUGUCGCGGCACCGCAGUCUCCAUGGCCGGCAGGACAAAAGGCUGAGCAUGCGGAUCUCGUUGGCGAUGCUCAAUCCGUCGAACAAGAUGCUGCUGCUAUCGAAGAUGAGCCAGCCCAAAGGGACAACUACAUCAGGAUAUUCCCCGAAGAUCUCGAAGACUACACUCCCGGCCCGGCACGUUUCAUUUCUGCCACAGAUGGAUUUCACUCCCCAGUCGUGGCACUUCUAAUGCGACAUGAUCUUUCUCAGUAUAUCAAAGCAGCCAUCAAGUACCAGAGGAUGUACGAUCGAGAGAAGCGUUGGGGCGAGGCGCAGCUUGAGGAAAUCGAGCAGUACGACUCUCAGCUGAGGCGCGAGAUAAAUGAUCGUCGCUACGCCCCGUCCGAGCCCAGUACCGCUGCACGCCCUACUUGGCGCGAUAGCGAAUUGUCGAUUCUCGAAACUCUGUUGAAGUCGGUGCCUUUGAAGAAAGAGGUCCUAAAGAGUCGUCUCAGGCACCGUGCGAAUGUGCUUCUGGAAGAGACCUCGGAAAUCAUGGCGUUCCUCGAAGAAGCGUUCGUGCAUGCCCUUCUUUGCGAACCAGACAGCGGAGAGGAGCUUCCGACCGAGCGUCUGAACCUGGAGGACGACUACCAGAGUUUGCGCGCCGAGCAGUUUCCAGAGGAGAAGGGCCUUCCGAAGCAGUAUCUGUUGGCGGAUUCUCGAGAAAGUCAAGACCAAGACGCCGGCACUGCACGCGCAGAUCCCGAGCCACUGACACCUGACGCUCACUACGGAGCUGAUGCGGAAGACGUGGCGACCUCGCAGCCUGUGUCUUCACCAGAAGACGAGGCCGAGCACAAGGCCAGAGUUGCUCACUGGGAAGCCCGUAAGUCUCUUGAAACUGCGCGGCAGGAAUUCGACUCCAGGGCAGACAACGAAGAUAUCGAUCUGUACAAUUGUACACGUGCGGAAGAGAAUGGUGAGGCACCAUACGAUGCUACACAAACGGAAUUCGAUCUCCGUUGGGUCGCAAUCAAUCGCCAGCUCACCAGGGAUGUCAUCAAGGCCGAGGAAGUGCUCCAGGAGGCCGAAGCCAAAUUGUUGGAGCUGGGCGUCGAGUUGCCUGAAGAGUCGGCAGGCUACUAUGGCGGCGGAGGCUACAUCGAGUACUACGAACGCGAUCCUGUUGUGGAUGGAAAUCCCCCAGAGGAUCCUCGAAUUCAGAGCUGGCUGCACGCCAUUUCCGAGGCUUCCUUAGAGGAUCCGGAGACGCUAGGCGAAGAGCGCGGUGAGAUCCUUGAGUGGGAGUGCCGAGAGAUUGAGAUUAGCGACAGCUUGAGUGCGGUCGAUUACGACUAUCAGCGUAGCAAGAUUGACAAGUGGCAGCUGGCCUGCCGUAGCGAUCGAGAGGAAGCCUGUCGUGUUCGUAUGGUUCAAUGA